UUGAAUCCACCAAAGCUUCGUGUUCCUGAGUCCCGAGAUGUAGAACCCUCUCUUUCUACAACUCUAUAUUAAAACCAACAUCAUCACUAUCUCUUUCAACGGCUUGCAUGUUCGACCUUUGGCCAUCGAUUCUUUUGACCCCUUUUGUCUUCGGUUUUUCCACCCAGAACCCUUUUUUUUCUGCUUUCCCUUUUCACUGUGCGCGCUCUCUCUCUCUCUCUCUCUCUCUCAUGAAUUAUUACAGCCACGGGUAACUGUCGGUGGAGUGCAAGCAUCCUAUGAAGGUUUGGAUGAUGUAAGCUAAGUUCUGUGCUCUGACUUUCAUUUCCAAACGUUACACAGUAAUUCUGGUGUUUCACUUUACCCAGCAGCUAAACUCAUGGACCACAAAGGUUGGCUUUGGAGGAAAAAAUCUUCUGAGAAGACAGUUGUUUCAACCAACAGACUUGCCAUUGCUUUAGGAACAAUUGAAGAAGAGGUACAAUAUCCAGUGGAGGAUGGACAUGACGUGGAGAGACCAGGGAAAAAUCUUAAUGAGAAGUUAGCUUCAGUCCUCCUUGACUCUAGUAAUCAUGAAGAAUGCAUACCAGCACAUUUGGUACCAAAGCAAGAACUAGAUGAAGCUUUGAGGCAGGGAAUAGCUGCCAAUGAAAGAUCAAUCCAUUCAGAUGAUGCAUUGAAAGAAUGCGUGGAACAAUUAAUUUAUGUUCGAGAAGAACAGGAACAAAGAAUACAUGAUGCUGUUAUGAUGACAUCAAGAGAGUAUGAGAAAUCUCUGAAGAACUUGGAAGCAAAGUUGUACGAGAAAAAUGAACAGGUUACAAACUUAGCUGUUGAAAAUACAAAUCUGACGAGGUCCCUUCAAGCAAAAGAGAGAUUUAUAGAAGAUUUACGCAGACAGAAGUCUCAAACAGAUGCAGAAUUUAGUGCACUAAUGGCUAGACUGGAUUCCACAGAAAAAGAAAAUGCUUUCUUAAGAUAUGAAUUUCACAUGCUUGAGAAGGAACUCGAGAUUCGAAGUGAGGAGAUGGAGUACAAUCGUCGAUCUGCUGAAGAAUCACACAAACAGCAUUUGGAAAGUAUGAUGACAAUCACAGAGUUAGAACAAGAAUGUCAAAGACUUCACCUUCUGCUGCGAAAACGGUUGCCAGGUCCUGUCUCAAUGAAUAUGAAGAAUGAACUCAAAAUGGUAGGGAGGGAUCAGACCGAUAUGAGAAGAAGGAAACUCAAUCCUACUAGAGAUAUGAUUGUAAGAGAUGCCAACAUGAGAAACUCUCCUGAAAUACCAAAUAAGAGUACGAAUUUCAUGACUGAGCAGUUACGUAAGAUGGAAGAAGAAAACAAAGUUCUUAGAGAUAUUUUGACCAGGAAAAACUCUGAGCUCCUUUCUUCGAGGAACAUGCAUUCUGAAAUAGUUUCCAGAUUGUCUCAGGCAGAGAAAUCUAUGGAGCUGUCACGAUUUAGUCCUAUCCUAGCCGAUGUUUCUCGAUCUUCAAGGUAUGACAUUUGCAGUGAUGAUGGGAUGAGUUCCUCCGAAUCUUGGGCUGGUGCUUUACUGUCAGAGUUGGAACAUUUUAGAAGUGGGAGGCUUAGAAGUCCACAGGAUCACAAAGAAACAGAAGUUUCAGAUAUGAGCUUAAUGGAUGAUUUUGUUGAGAUGGAGAAAUUGGCAAUAGUUUCUGUGGAAACACCUCCUAAAAAUACACAUAAUCUUCGCUUGGCUAGUAAGGAUCUGGUACGAAUUGGAGAUCACUCCACCAUGAAAAUGUACGGCGAGUCCACAGAUGCAGUACUUGAGAAUUCUUUUGACUGGCUUCAAGUUGUGUUAAAAGCAAUGUUGGAGCAAAAGAAUGUUUCAAAACAAAGUCUAGAUGAGCUUUUUGAGGACAUCAAAAUUGCUUUGGGUUACCUAAACCAGCCAACUAAGCAUGAGGCUAGUAAAACUGCAGAACCUCAAGAGAAGUCAGUGUGUCUAGCUCUAGUAGCUUCUUCAAAUGAUAAUAAGCUUAGUGAUGAGCUACAAGAAGAAAACAGCAGAUUAAAAGAUGAACUGAAGAAAAUGGAAUCUGCAAAGAAGGAAAUGGAAGCUAAGCUACAGUCAGCCACCGAAGAGAAUGAAGCAUUGAUGGUACAGCUUCAGGAAUCACAACAAAGUCUUGGAACCUUACAAGCAGAAAUGGACAGUCUGAGAGAAGAGGAGGGGAUGAUAGAAGAUCAGCUCGAAAAUCAGAAGUCAAUUAAUGAAGACCUCGAUACACAACUAACUAUUGCCAAAGCAAAGUUAAAUGAAGUCUUCCAGAAGUUCUCAUCUUUAGAAGUGGAGUUGGAGGAUAAACAUAAUUGUUUUGAAGAAUUAGAAGCAACCUGUCUUGAACUCCAACUUCAGCAAGAAAGUGCUGCAAAGACUGAAGCUCCAGAGUAUGGCACAAGCAAAGAGGAAAAACAGUCUCAACCUGGAUGGGAAAUCACAACAGCUUCAGUGAAACUGGCGGAGUGCCAAGAAACCAUCCUGAACUUGGGAAAACAGCUGAAGGCACUAGCCACACCAAGGGAAGCAGCACUGUUUGACAAGGUGUUCUCAACCACCAGCGCUGCAACAAACGCCACCAACAAUAACUUCUCCAAGCGCUCUUCCCUACGUGAUCGAUUGCUUGCUGAUGAAGAUCCCAGACAAGAGGUUCUGAAGUCCCCCAAGGAUAAACAAGCAAUGACGGAUGCCGAUGCACAAAAGUCAUCCCAUUUUCACUCUGAUAGUCAUAAUGCUUUGUCCACUCCUAGUGCUCUGGUAAAUACGCGGCAAGGACAAUAUGGUUCAAAGCAUCUGGCUAUUGUACCGAGUAAGAAACAGGGAGGUUUUGGUUUCCUAAAGAGGCUAUUGCUGAGGAGGAAGAAAGGAAGCAGCAAGAAACCCCACACCUGGUCCAAAGCUUGAUUUUCAAAAACAAGAAAAUGACCGCAGCAAAUUACAAUACUUUAAAGAGGUAAUAAGACUUGGUACUUGGUAGCAUCAGACUUUUGAUUUCUUCUGCUGUUUGGUUGUUUCUCAUUAGUCCUUGGCAUUACUAGAGUUUGAGCUACUUUUCUAGCAUAACGUGAGCGAGAGAGAUCUGUGACAUUGUGAGUCUGCUUGAUGUGUAUAUAUCUUUGUUUGACAAAACUUCGAAGACUAUGGUUUACAUAAUUAAUAAGAAUGGCGGAUGAUGAGCAGAUCAAACGUACAUGUUAGCU